GUUUUUUCUGUCAUUUGCCACCACGAUUCUCUUUUCUUUAUUUGGCAUGUUGAUCUUGUUUCAUUGACAAUCAGCAACACGAAUUCCUAAACGCACAGCACUGAUUUAUUUAAGUCCAUAACAUCUCAUCAUUACGGUUCUUAUAUUCACUUGUUAAGCAUUUCAUUUCUACAAUCCAUACUCUCUUUUCGCGUCUUGAAUCAUGCCCAAAAGAAAAGCUGAAGCCACGGCCAAUGAUAAACCCACAAAGGGGGCAGCGAAAGCCAAGAAGACAUCAGUUAACUCCAGAGUAUCCAAGGCCAAUAACAAGGCUUCUGCAUCAGAGAAACGAUUCGAUCCUGAACGGUGCUACGCAUGGUUCAAGUCGUACACAGGCCUGGAAGAAAAUGAGGAUUUUGAUAAAGAUCAAAUAGGACCUGCUGGUAUCGCAAAACUGUGCGAAGACAUCGAUGUAUCUCUGGAAACAGCUGACACGAUGCCUAUUUUUACCAAAGAUGAGUGGAUGAAAGGAAUGAAGGAGCUUGAGUUGGAUUCGACGGAGCAAUUGAAAGCUGCAAUGCCCGGCUUAGUCGCAACACUCAAGGAUCCGAAGAAAUUCAGGGAGGUUUAUCGCUAUGUCUUUAUGUUUGCCAAGGACUCUGAGCAAAAGUGUAUGCCAUUGGAGGUUGCCUGUGCAAUGCUACAGACCGUGUUGAAAGGAAGGCCGCAUGAGGAGCGAUUUGUGGAGUUUUUGGAAACAAAGAGACCAGUCAAGGUCAUUAACAAGGACCAAUGGUACAACUUUCUGGACUUUUCAGAGACAAUAGCUGAGGAUCUGUCCAACUAUGAUGAAGCAAGUUCUGCAUGGCCUGUUCUUCUAGAUGAUUAUGUUGAGUGGCGAAAUGAGCAGUCUUCGUAAAGAGAGUCAUAAAUGUCACCUUGGGCGAGACACGUAUAUAGUCUAAUAAUGACAUGACAUGGUGGACAUAAUAGAUGUCGUCCAAACAGAAUAAACAAAAAUAAAGGUUGAAGAGUCUUCACAUUGCAUGUCAC